GAGGCUGGCAGCGGCCGGAGCAUCUCGGAGCGCGAGGGAGUUGCUGAGCCCAGCUCCAGCGCAGCAGCCCCGGGGCCAGCCGCCGGAGACUCCCGGGCGCCCCCCUGCCCAAGGGGACAUCGCAGGCUCCAGCCCCCGCUGGAGCGGCUGGAGGAGAUGCUGGCCUGUGCGGAGAUGCUGGCAAUGUGCCUGCUGUCUGCCAAGCCCGCCCCCAGCCCCUGCGCCGGGCAACCCCCGCAGCCCCGCGGCCAGGGGCUCGCCCUCUUCCACGAUGUUUUUCGACGAGCCAACAAGAACGAUGAUGGCAAGCUGUCAUUUGAAGAGUUUAAGAACUAUUUUGCUGAUGGUAUUUUAAGCUCAGAGGAGCUGUGGGAGCUGUUCAGUGGAAUUGACAGGCAUCAUUCAGACAACUUAGAGACGGAGAAGUUGUGUGAUUAUUUCUCGGAACACCUGGGAGAAUACAGACAUGUGCUUUCUGCUCUGGAAGCACUGAACACUGCUGUCCUGGCUGCCAUGGACAAAACCAAACUGGAGUAUGAGAGUUCCUCCAAGAUGGAGCAGUUUGUGACCCGCUUCCUGCUACGGGAAACCAGGACCCAGCUGCAGACCCUGCAGGCCUCGCUGGAGUGCGCCUCGGACACGAUUGAAGAGCAGGCCGGGUUGGAGAGGAAAGACUUGAAGAAAUCUGAAGUCUUCAUUGGCCCAAGAUCUGGCAGGAGAUGUGGGCGCAGAGCUCAGAAGACUAUCUGCUUGUCUCCAACGGAUCCCUAUUCCGGGAUGCUUACUACAGGGCUUUGUGUCGAAGCUGACAGCCAGUGGGUGGCCCAGAUUAACAGGCUACAGCAGCUCAUUGACAAACUGGAAUGCAAGAGCCCAAGGCUGGAGCCUCUAAAAGAAGAAGUUGUUUGCAAAGGGAGAAAUGCUCACAUCCUGGUGGCUCAGAGACAGCUGUCGGUGACAGAGAGCGGCUUAGAGGGAUUCCACCAGGCGCUCCAAUCCUACACAGCGGUCACAGCUGCUCAGAGCUGCUGUUUACACGUGUCUUCCCGCAAGCUGACGAGCGAGGCCUGCUUCAUUCUCUACGAGUUCUGGCAGGACGUGACUUCGUGGAGAAGUCACUUACAGUCCAACUGCAGCAAGACGUUCCAGUGGGCCAUCAUUGACUUGCUGGAGUCUCCAGAGCUCGUGACCACCAUGCUUUUUCCAGCCUCCUGGUGGAUUGUGAAUAAUAAUUGAUCCUCUGCUGCCCUCUCCAAAAGCAGCCGGCGCGCGGACGGACGAGGAAUCCUCACUCCCAGACCCCUGGCUCUCUCUCCCCAGUGUGUCUGCAGCCUCCCCUCGUUGUCGCUUGUACAGUCCUGUCUGCUCCCUCCUCUGGCUGCACCAGGCUGUCCCUCCUGGGAGUAUUUUAUCCCUCUCCCCUCACAAUGUGACUUUCCACAGUGAUGUCACAUUGCUGCCAGCCAAUCAGCCUGUCCAGUUAUGAUGCUCCGCCCCUGAAUGUACCAUCUUCGAAGAAUGCACAACCACGCCCAUGUGAGUGGAUAAAGAAGCGGCUACCGUGAUACUUGAUGUCGGGCUGGCCUGAAGUCCAGUGUCAUGUGAUGACAUGCAGGGGCCAGAACUCACGUUGGCCUGACCCAUGGGGCUCGGAGCGCUGCAGAGACAGCAGUGCUGAGCCUGAUCCACGUUGGUGGGGAACAGAGACUGGAGGACAAGGGACGUUUAUUGUCCUCUGGCACUCACCUGGUGUUGAAUUCAUGGCAAGGCACUGAGGGCCUCUGGAUUGAGCUGUGUCCAGCCACUGCACUAUGGGCCCUUUGGGGGAUGGCAGUGUGGGGAAACAGGGGGAUCUUCUGUGCUCUGAGCGGGGUCAGUGGAACCAGGCCAUACACAGAUCCUCUGGGGAUCAGCACGGGAUGGCUGGAUCCAAAUCUCUGCAAAGGUCCCACAACACCUCUAGACAAACCGUGUGCUCCACUCUCCCUGCCUAUGCCCAGCAAUACAGUAGUCAGGGAGAGCAGAGGGUGGGCAGAGUGUGCACCCAUGCCUGCCAACCACCUCCAUGAGCUCUAAUGUCAGCCCUCCAGGCCCCAGCAUGGCCUCUUUAAGGCUGUGGCUGGCGAUGGACUCAUCUUAGUCUUAUUUAGAGCAGUUGAACUAGCCGCUGGCACUGGCCUAAUUCUGUAGCAUGGAGUCGGAUGGCCUCACUGCAAUUCCUAUCAAGACGUGUGUCAUGUCCCCAAAACAACCCCUGCGUGUAGGUACCCCCACAGCAUAAUGGGCACUGGUCAGCCUCCCCGCUGGCUGUCCCCGCAGAGCAGCCAACAACCGAAUGGGCCUUGGCGCCUGAGCUCUCGCUCACUUCUAGCCGGUAUGCCACUGGGUUGAAAUCCAAGGCCACAGGCAAGGUGAUGUGUCUGGCAGCUUGCACUGCCCCAGCCACAUUCUAACUACACCUGGGGCUGCGUGGAGGACGUCAGCCUCCCAGACUGGCAGUCUGUCUCCUAUCACCACUGAUAGCUAGGAAGUAUUUUCCUGCAUGUCCAAUCUCAUGGUCCUGUAAAUGUCUGAAGACGAAACCCAGCCACCUAUGCUCACCCCACUGCAUGAUGUCAGGUCGGAGCAAUUUAAAUAGACAUUACCAUGUCGAGAAGCCUACCAGCAGUAGAGUGAUUUGAUUAAUCUUCUGGCCUAUCCCUUGGUGUGAAUGGGAAAUCUCCCUAGGUGCCAGCUCAGAACACUCUUCUGCCUGAGGGUACAGGAAUUUCACACCUCAUUGCAGUCAUCCACAUGUGCAGACCCUGGGUGCAAAACACUACCUACCCAGCAUUCUACACCCACAGGUGCAAGUGACAGCACAAAGAGCAUACGUAGCCCACAGGUGAGUGUGGGUUCCAGGUUCCCCUCUGUGGGUUCCAGGUUCCUCCUCAGGGUCAUAGAGUUUAAGGCAAGAAGGGGUCCCCAAGUCAUCUAGUCUGCCUGCCUGUAUAUCCAGUGCAGUAUUAAUUCUCUCGCGGCACAUGCAGACACCCCUGGGCGUGGGGUGCAUAAUACACUAUCGGGCCUGAGCCUGGCAGCCUUCUAGUGUUUUCACGGGGAGUUCUGCCUUGUUUUCAUAAGGCCCAAUCCAGCUUCCAUUGCAUUCAAUGGCAAAACUAUUGCUAUAAAGGAUGCUGGAUCAGUCCCUUUGUUUCUUUCAUAAAGCAUGUGGCACAGGUGGCAUUGGUUCAUCUCCCUUAUUCGUUGCUUUAAUCACCUUAGCAAUCUACCAGCGAAAGGUAAGACACUCCAGAGCUGAGGUACAUGACCAGCUUGUGGUUACAAUUGCAUUUGUUGUGUCUGUAUCAUGGAGCUGUGCCAGCCACCCCUGCACCUCUCAGCCAGCAGCAAAUACCCUCUGGGCAGCAGACCUACAAGUGACUCUGGGUAAGACUUAAACCAGGGGCCUUGGGCCCUGCUGAAUCCCUCCAUCUGGGUGGGCUAGCAGGAGCCAUGCUGAGCUAGUCACAGAUAGAAUUUCCUUGUUCCUUAUUUUAUAGCAAGUACCCCAUAAAAUACUCUGCUCUAGCCAAGAAGGAGCAGAGCACAGAAAGUCUGCUCCCUUUCUGAACAAUGGAAUUUCCUGGGGUAAAAUCCCAGUGAGCCGCGUCACAGGCUGGAAUUCUGUGUGAUGCAUUCUCAAUACACGUUUACAUUUUGUGUCCAUUUCAAAGGGUCAACUUCUGCACCGAAGGAAGGAAUCCACCCUGGGGCGGCUUACUGGAAUGGGGGGUUCAAGGUUGAGUUUACAUCCUGGUGUUCUUGGGACACUGACUGAGUGUCAAAAUGUAGGGUCUGCCAGAAACAGAAAGAAUCUAAUGCUAAUAAAAUGAUAAUAUCCCCGGUAUGUCAUUAAAGAGUCCAAUGCAAAUGAUCCUAGGUUCAGGUUUAAAAGUGCCCCACCCGUGCUGGCAGCACAGGGGUCCAGCAAUGUCCUAGUGCAUCGUGAGAACUCAUAACAAACGGAUUAGAGAAACAAGCGCCAUUGGCGAGUGUCAACUCACUGAGAAAAGCAGGGAAUAAAGAACCCAAAGGCAUUGCCAAAGAGAAAGGCACUGUGCAGAAGUGUGAACUAUCUGGGGUGCUGUAAACAGGGCAGGACAGUCUUCAUGGGGUUGUCGCUACACAGAGCCCAGUUCUUAGGUCAUGUAACACCACUACCACCAAAGGGGCCGGCUUUCAGGGCAUGUCACCCCCAGAGAAUUUGGCUUGGGAGGUUUAGCCUGGCAGCAUCCAGAGGCUGUUUGUACCCAGGGGGCCCUGGGAGUGUUACCCGGGGUUUUGCUGAACCCAAAACUCUUGCUAACUUUACUUGUUGUAAGGUGGUGGCAGGCAAUAAAUCAGUGGAGACACGGCCAUCUGGCCAAUAGAUAGUUGCUGCACGCAGGCAAACAAAAAUGCUUUCACUCAAAGCUUCUACUUUGUUUCGUCUCCAGCGCUUACACAUGCACGCAACAGGUUAGCAGAGCACCCCAAAUCACCCCCAGAUUCAUAUUUACCCAGGGUCUUGAGGAGGGCUCGAGUGAAUUAGCCAUCCAGGGGCCAGCCUUCUGUCUGCAGGGGAAACUUGAGAGGUGGUUCAAGUGUCCACCGAGCCCAGAUUUCUUCCUCUUUUUAUACCCAAAUUGUUAGUAUUAAACAGCCCAGUCACCAAAAAACCGCUGAGCAGACACGAAGUGUGGAGUUUUCCAGCCGUGUUUUCCCAUCAGGUAACCGGCUGUAUUUCACGGAGCAAUAGUUAACUAGCCCCAGACUUUCCAUCUUGCAAACCACAUGCUUUGGCAUAAGUCAGGAGGGCACAGAGUCACGUUUACUCCUCAUGGCCACUCCCUUCCCCCUCCCUUCCUGGUUUGUUAGUGGUGCUAAGACUGCUACGAAGGCCUUAUGGCAGCUUCCAGGAAUAAGCAUAACAAUUUGGAUUCCAGCUGUGGGCAGUGGUUCAGGCAUGUUACUGGGUUAACAAAAUUUCCUCCUUACAGGAGGAAACACUCUCCCCCACUGCAGCAAUCCUGCCACCCUCCCUGCUCUUUCCCACCCCCUCUUUCAUGUCUCCCUCCUCCCAAAGUGGGUACAGAGAUGCCUGCUGGCUGGCUGGCUCAGUGCUGAGAUUCACACCCCUUCUGUCUUGCCCUGGCUACUGCAGCCGUUGUACUGCCUGUUCCCAGCCAGCAGACAGGCCAGGCCAGGAGGCCAGGCCAGGCCAGGCUCCCGGGUGGGCUGAGAACAGAGGAACUCCCAGCUGUGGGUAGAUCUGCCAUGGCAGGACUGGCUUUGCCCAGUAGUCCUGAGCUCCGCACAAACCGUCCCUCGUCUCUGCCGCAGCAUCCCCUAACGCCCUAAGCAAACCCUGGGAUCCAGCCACUCCUGAGCAGCGCAGGGCAGGCCCAUGGCCUAAGGUGUCACUUGGGUGAGGCUCCUUGUGAAGCAAAUCCAGCUAUCCUGCUGCAGCCUCCUGGAAGCUGGAUGAGUGUGACCAAUAGCCCCUAGUGUGUGUCGUGACAGCAUGAGCAUGGCUCUUUCCCUGCGGCACCUCCUUUGCAUCUGAUCUGCAUGACCCCGCUAGCCCCCGGGGCUGCAGGGCCAGCUUGGCCUUUGCUCAUCGAGUUUGGCAAACUCCAAGUGACAGAGCUCCUUGGCGCGACAGCUCCCUAAGCAGCAUUGCAAGUGCUGCUAUUUCUACACCCGUCCUCUGCUUAGCUACCAGCCCUAAUCGUUCCCGACGGAACGGGAGUGGGAAAGCUAGAAUAGCCCUGGGAAGCAUGAAUGGGGGGCAAUGAGGAACACACAUCAGCUCCCAUAUUAUUAAACAUGGCAGAGAGGGGUACUAGGGCUGUUGGCAGGAUUUUUGUGUCUGACUAGUCCCCACUCCAGCCAAAGUCCUGGGUUGUUUAGCAUAGUCUGAGAGCAAUAGUCCUCCACCAACUGGAGCAGUUCUGAGCUACAUGCUGCCGGAGUCUCUUCCUCUCUCCAGGCACUGCUUGUACUGAUCCUGGGACCUCCUGAGCAUCCGCGGUUCUCUAGGACAUCAAGGGGAGUUGAGGGAGCUCAGCACAAGCAGGAUUGAGUCCGAAAGGCAAAGUUCUGCUCUCGGCUCCACAAGGCAGAUCUUGGCUCUCAUCCUCUGCCCUUUGGCCAGGCUUGGAGUUUGGAGCCUGUAAAGGAAGCAGAAUAGCAGCUAGUCCUGGGGGAGCCAAGCCGACAGAGUGGAGUUUCUGGGAGAUCUGUUUCUGAAGGGUGGGCAAACAAUCAGAGCUGAGGGACAUGGGCCCCUCUGUGGAGCUGAGAGGACAUGAGGCUCUGUGGCAUGUGCUCGUCAGAAUGAUCCUGCCCUGAGUCUGCUAGCAGACUGGUGAGGAUACAACUCAACAGCAUGUAGAAUGUAAACCCCCAUGCAUAUCCAGCACCUCUGACUGCCCACAAAAGCACUGCAGCACGCCCCCUCCCAUGCCGCCGGUGUCCUCCUUCCCCUCCCCCACAACUGACUGAAAUGGGGUGAUUCCCAACUUACGUUUUGAACUAAAUUGUAUCAUUUCUUUCAGGGGUGAUUUUUGUCCUUCAAAAUUCCUUGCAUUCUAAAAUCAAAAUGAAAUGUCCUCCCAGGGCCCUGCGUGGCGUCUCUGAGCUACGAGGUGGUGUCCUGGGGUCAGUGUCUUUGCUAUUCUAUAUUGCGAAUCCGGGGUUUUAAAACAUUAAAGCAAAAAGGAAGAGCAUAGUUAUAAAAAGAAAAGCAAAAGUCGCCUAAGCCAGAACAACAGCCUUAUCAAUUAUUACACAGGGCGGCUUAGUGAAUUAUAAUUCUCUUUCUGUAUAUACAAGAUUGUAACGGUAUUAAAUAUUCAGACUUGCACUGAAGCUGUGUAUGCCAAUUCUCUUGUCUGUUAAUAAACAGUUCCACACUG